UGUAUUUGUUGGAUAAAAAACGAGUUGGAAAGCGGUUUUCCAGUUUCAGAUUUAGGGUUUCUUUUUCCUCACCGCUUUUUGUUUUCUUCCCUUGAAAAUCUUGAAAAGAAAAAGGAAAAGAAGAACAAAGAAAGCAAAGAAAGAAGGGGAAAAAAUUGAUUCAGAAUCACGCUGCUUUCAUUUCCGAGAGGUUCGAUUGGAAUCAGCAGAGCAGAUCUGCCUAGAACCCUCAGUUUUCUACUCUAAUUCUAAUUUGGUUCGAAUCUGGUGGUCUUCUUCGUCGUAAUUUGGUGAAGUUUGGUGGAGAAAAUGGAGAUUGAUUUCUUUGUCAAUCCUGGAUAAGAACUCCGGCGGUGAAUUCGAGGGACAGAACGGGUGGGAACCAUGAAAAAUGUGAUUUUGGUUCUACAUUUCUUAUUUCUGAACUAAUUAUCUUCUGAGGUUACUGUGUUUGAAGAGCUGAAGAACAGUUCAAGUUAGCUCCUGCAGUUUACGGCUACAUUUAGGGUUUUCACUGGUGGUUAGGGUUUUUGUGUUGUUUCCGAAUGGCUUCAUUGAAGAAUAUCGAGAAUCUUGUAGCAGCUAGGAAAUCCUUGAAGACUAGUUUGGAGAAAUCGAAAGCUCUUGCUUUUGCCCUGGAGAAAGCAGGGCCGAGAUUGGAAGAAAUUAACCAGAGAUUACCGUCUCUAGAAGCGGCUGUUCGUCCCAUUCGAGCGCAGAAAGAGGCUCUGGUUGCUGUUGGAGGCCAUAUUGAUCGGGCUGUUGGCCCUGCUGCCGCAGUUCUGAAGGUCUUCGAUGCUGUUCAUGGACUUGAGAAGUCGCUGCUUUCAGACCCUCGGAACGAUCUCCCCGGAUACCUUUCAGUCCUCAAACGGCUCGAGGAGGCACUGCGGUUUCUUGCUGAUAAUUGCGGGUUAGCGAUUCAGUGGUUGGAGGAUAUCGUUGAGUACCUGGAAGACAAUACGGUUGCCGAUGAUCGGUAUCUGUCGAAUUUGAAGAAAUCGUUGAAGACUCUAAGGGAAUUGCAGACAGAUGAGGAACGGGCUCGUCUCGAUGGCGGACUUCUCGAGGCCGCUCUGGACAAACUGGAAGCUGAGUUCCGGCGACUCCUAACGGAAAACAGUGUUCCACUUCCAAUGUCGUCUUCAUCUUCUCUUGAAGAACAAGCCUGCAUUGCGCCUUCACCUUUGCCCGUAACUGUUAUCCAGAAGCUGCAGGCAAUCAUCGAGAGAUUAACCGCUAAUAAGCGACUUGAUAAAUGCAUCUCUAUCUAUGUUGAAGUUCGCAGUUCAAAUGUUAGGGCAAGCUUACAGGCGCUCAAUCUGGACUACCUUGAGAUCUCGAUCAACGAAUUCAAUGAUGUGCAGAGUAUCGAGGGUUACAUAGCUCAAUGGGGCAAGCAUUUGGAAUUUGCUGUGAAGCAUCUGUUUGAAGCUGAAUACAAACUCUGUAAUGAUGUAUUUGAGAAGAUAGGCCUAGAUAUCUGGAUGGGAUGCUUUGCGAAGAUAGCUGCCCAAGCUGGUAUUCUUGCUUUCCUCCAGUUUGGUAAAACAGUUACAGAGAGUAAGAAGGACCCCAUCAAACUAUUGAAACUCUUGGACAUUUUUGCUUCUUUGAAUAAACUGAGGUUGGAUUUCAACCGACUAUUUGGUGGGAAAGCCUGUGCGGAAAUCCAAACCCUAACAAGGGAUCUUAUUAAGAGAGUUAUCGAAGGGGCUUGUGAGAUUUUCUGGGAACUUUUGGUUCAGGUGGAGCUACAGAGGCAGACAGCGCCUCCUUUAGAUGGCAGUGUGCCAAGGCUGGUAAGCUUUAUCACUGACUACUGUAAUCGGCUGCUCGGAGAUGAUUAUAGGCCAAUCUUGACACAGGUUUUGGUCAUUCACCGCAGCUGGAAACAUGAACGGUUUCAAGAGAAGCUCCUCACUGAGGCAGUCCUGAAUAUUAUCAAAGCCAUUGAGACGAAUUUGGAGACAUGGUCAAAGGCCUAUGAGGAUGUAACUCUGUCCCAUGUCUUUAUGAUGAACAACCACUGGCAUUUGUACAAGCAUUUGAAGGGUACAAAGCUUGGGGAUCUCUUGGGAGAUAAUUGGUUAAAAGAACAUGAACAGUACAAGGAAUAUUUUGCUGCUAUGUACAUGAGAGAGAGCUGGAGUAAGCUUCCUCCUUUAUUAAGCAGAGAAGGUUUGAUUAUGUUCUCAGGUGGGAGAGCUACAGCUCGUGAUCUGGUCAAAAAGAGGCUGAAGGCAUUCAAUGAAGCUUUUGAUGAUAUGUAUAAGAAGCAGUCCAGCUGGGUUGUGUCAGAAAGAGAUUUGAGGGAGAAGACAUGUCAGUUGGCAGUUCAGACCAUUGUUCCUGUUUACAGAAGUUACAUGCAGAACUAUGGACCCUUGGUUGAACAAGACGCAAGUGCUAGCAAGUAUGCAAAAUACACAGCACAGAAUUUGGAGAAGAUGCUCAGCUCAUUGUUUCAGCAGAAGCUGGUGAAGUAUGGUAGUGCCAAAGCCAGACAUUCAAAUGGGACAAUUGACAAUGUGGUGGGCAAUCAGUUUAGAUCUACACCAACUGUUGUGUGAUUAUGUACACAAUUAUUAGUCUUCCCAAUUAACAUUAUGGGGAAGUAAAGUUCAUGCCUUCAUCUCUCCUUGUGCCUGUCAGCUUGAAGUUGGGUAAUCUGGCUUAUCUUCAAUUGCUGGAUAUUUUGCCUGUUUGCAUGUAUAUAUAGGUAUCCCAGAAGGCAUAGCAGUUGGCUGAUUUGUUUUCUCUUGGGUCUAUUCUUUCUGAUUGCCAACAUAGAGCAGGAUAAGCUUUUCAACAAGUUCUCAAAUGGCAGCAAAUGCAAAGACAAACUUAAUAUACUGGUUCAAUGAAUCAAGUUCUUAGCACAGUUUACUGGUAGAAUCUCAAUAUUACCUUCUCCACCCAUUCAUUUAGCUGUAUGUGCUGGUGCAAGGAAAAUGCUUGUAAUGUUUCUCUAAAGUGAUAUGUAAUUCUUUGUUCAUCUCUAGAGUUGUAGCAAUGAUUUAUUUGAAUUUGUCAAAUUUUGAAAUGUUAUAGAUGUUUGAGAGCUACUUUCUUUCUA